AUGGCUCAUCUGAUUACCAAUGUGUUUGAAAACGGUGACACGAAAAUGGGUUAUGCAGCGGUGCAGAAAUUAGGUGAUUGUCGCGGUUACACCUGUGGUUAUAUCGGUUUCACAACCGGAACCAAUGAUGCGUUUGCUGUUGUGAAGGAAUACACACGCAGAUCGGCGAACAAUCCGCUGGCUCGAUACAAAGAAGAACUCGAUCGGCUAAGCCAAUAUGAUUUUGGUGAUCCGCGACGCGAUGACACAAGCGGUCUUCAGGGGUUUAAAGAAGCAUGGAAUCAAGCCGCAUGUUCUGAUCCAGUGUUCAUCCGCACUCAGCUGGAUAUUGGCCACUCCAUGUAUCUCAAGCCAUCUGUAAGAUACGCAGCAAGUGCCGAUGUCAGAUCCAAUCUCGGAAAAGCUAUAUUUUACGACACCAUUGUGCAACACGGCUGGCAGGUAUAUAAUUUUUGA